GCGAAGUUUAUUUCAAUCAGACUCUGGACCGAGAGCUUCUCUUGCUUUUGGACUGAACUUCACAGGACUGCUUCCUCCGGGAUGGCCGCGUCGAUUCUGGAGGAGGAAACACGUUAUGGAUCCAGUCCCUUGGCUAUGCUAACCGCCACCUGCAACAAGUUUGGAAGCACCAGUCCAGUCCGAGACUCCGCCACGCCCGGCAAAGCGGGAAGCACGGUACCAGUCAAGAAAGCCUACAGCAUGACCUCCGAACUCCAGAGCCCUAAGAAUAGCGUGCGAGGGAAUGAGGGCGUUGCGGACUCUUACAGCGGCUCCUUCAGCUCCGCCGGGGGCUUGCUAACCCCGACCGGCAGCCCUCCUCCUGCUCCCACCGGAGCGUACGGCUCCGAAUACAACCCCUUCUCCAGUUUCCAAACCUCCAGUGCCUCUCAGGACCCUUCGCUCCUGGGGACCAAAGCCACAGCGGACUGCCUGACCAGCGUCAACACAUACUUGGACAUGACGCAUCCCUACGGCUCCUGGUACAAGGGCAUCCAUCCCGGGAUCACGGCCGCUCCUGCCAACGCAACUUCUUCUUGGUGGGAUGUCCACACCAACUCAAACUGGCUAAGUGCUGGACAACCCCAACCCGAGAGCCUCCAACCCGUCGCUCCGCAAGCCUCCCUCAAUUCCCAGAUGCCUAGUUACGCUCCCGAUUUUACGCCUUUGAAUCCGGCGCCGUAUCCGUCUGUAGGCUUGAGCUCGCUCCAGUCUUCUCAGCACAUGCUCCCUCAGGACAUGUACAAGCCCAAACCGGUCCCCACUUCUGGGAUCCUGGACAAUUCUAUGGGGCUCAAACCGGCCCGGGGGUCUCCCGGAUACACCGGCGGAUCUACAACCGGAAGGUCUUCUUGCGAUUGCCCGAACUGCCAAGAGCUGGAGAGGCUGGGCGCCUCGGCCGCGUCCCUGCGCAAGAAACCCGUCCACAGCUGCCACAUUCCCGGCUGUGGGAAGGUUUACGGCAAGGCUUCGCACCUCAAAGCCCACCUGCGCUGGCACACAGGCGAGCGCCCCUUCGUCUGCAACUGGCUCUUCUGCGGGAAGCGCUUCACCCGCUCCGACGAGCUGGAGCGCCACGUCCGUACCCACACCCGAGAAAAGAAGUUCACUUGCCUCCUGUGCAAUAAGCGCUUCACGAGGAGCGACCAUCUCAGCAAGCACCAGAAAACCCACACGGAAGCCAGCCUGCAAGGGAAGGGUCCGGAAGAAGAGGCGGAGCCCAGAGGAACCGAGGAGCCGACGGAUUCCACUAAAGUGGCUCCUCAGGGGCCCGCCGGAGGCAUGCAGGAACCUGCGGUCGGCGGAGAAGAAAAGAGCGGCACCGGGAACGGUGUGGACGGCAGCAGCGGGCUGCUGGAGAUAUAAAAGCGCUGUGCCAGGAACCGGACGGAGACUCUGACGAGUGGAGCUACUGUUGCUUUGGUGCUAAGAUAUCCUGUGUUUUACUAUGCAAUCUGUUUUUAGGAGCGAGUCGAAUGUGCUCCACGGAGAGCAGCGUGUCAUGAACGUCUUCUAGGCUGGGAGAAAUGAAUUAUGCUGACAUUCAAAAGUUGAUGAACAAUGUUCUCCUCAUCAUA